AUUCACAGCUCGCUUUCCAAGUUUAGAGGCAGUUAUGAUUUAGAAUAUGUUUCAAUGCUUAAAAAUUGUGAACGUUAAGUGAUUUGAAAGAUCGAAUGUUCAAAGUUUUGAGCCAUCAACUAGUAAAAGUUGCACGAAAUAAUUUGCCACGUAUUAACUCAAAGGACGCAACCAUUUGACGCUUAUCUUUUCAGAACGUUAAGUGAUUUGAAAGAUCGAAUGUUCAAAGUUUGGAGCCAUCAACUAGUAAAAGUUGCCCAAAAUAAUUUGCCACGUAUCAACUCAACGGACGAAGCCAUUUGACGCUUAACUUAUCAGAACGUUAAGAAAUCUGAAAUAUCGAACGUUCAAAGCUUCAACCGUCGACCAGUAAAAGUUUAAUUCAUCCAUAAAUGUACUGACGUUAUGUCUUUCAAAGAAUUGCAGUUGAAACUGGGGAUAAACAGUGACGAAAAAGAAUUUAGAGACGGUGAAAAACCCGAUUUUGAAGAUCUUGCAUGAAAUGGAAGCGUCUUCUGCAAAACUUUAUGAAGGAACAAGUGAAGCCAGGGAAGAGCGUCCCAUCCCUUAUAUGGAACGUUAUGAAGAAAUUGAAGGCUUUGAUUUCAAUAUUGACGAUGAUCAUAGAUACACCAAACUUACACCAAAGGAAGCGUUUUCUACAUUUUAUGAAAGAACAAGUGAAGCCAGGGAAGAGCGUCGCAACCCUAAUAUUGACGAAGAGUGGAAAUACAUUGAUAAAUCAACGAAACAUAAAGAAUUGUUUUUAAAAUUGAUUGAAUAUGGACGCAAUUCCAGGGUUGAGGUUAAAUUGGUGGGCAAUGUACGAGUAAUUUUCACAAAAGAAUUUUGCAUUGGCGAAGGAAGUGGUGCAACGCGUGUUUUUCUUGGAUUGGGUAAAGAUGGUUACGGUAAAGCAGUGAAACGAAUACAUCGAGAUAGCUACAACGAGCUUGCGCUGCACGAAAAGGAAAUUUUAAAUGAAUUCAAUGCAAGAAAGUCGAAAUAUGUUGUGAAUUAUUCGUUCCUAGAAGAAGAGACUGAAACGGAAUAUGUAUAUUUGGUGUUAGACUUAUGUGAAGAAUCAUUGGAGAGUUUUGUCAAGUCUUCUACUUUGCAUGAUCUUCAAAAAGCUCUUCCCGAAAUUCUCAGACAAACUUUGCAAGGAUUAGCUGAUCUUCAUAGCGACCCAAAUCCUAUUCUUCAUCGUGAUUUAAAGCCCACCAAUGUUCUUCGAGAUUCACAAGGCAAAUUUCUGAUAGCUGAUUUUGGCAUUAGUCGAAUAUUGAAUGAUUGUACAACACAUAAUAGCAAGCCUAACAUGGGAACGGAAUAUUGGAUUGCUCCUGAAUCAUAUUGUGAAGAUAAAGAUACAGUCGAUAAAGGACGAUACAAAAAAGAGUCUGAUGUAUAUAAUGCAGGAAUGGUGGCUUAUUAUUUUGCAACAAAAGGCAAACAUCCGUUUGGUGGUAAACGGCUUAGAUUGGACAACAUGUUGAAGGGAGACCCUGUUGGCUUGGACGAAAUCAAGGAUGAGACACUGAAAGAUCUUCUAUCGUGGAUGUUAAAUCUAAAACCUGAAGAUCGGCCAUCUGCCAUUCAAGCGUUAAAACACCCAUUUCUAAUGUCGGAUGACGAUAAGUUUGACUUUUUAUGUAAAGUUGGAAACCAACAGCCAAUAAAGACGAGCGAUAACAAGUCAAGUGUAGUCAAACAAUUAAAUAGCAAGUAUUCAAAUUGGAAAAGUUUCAUGGACACUGAUGUAUAUGAUUAUUUAAGAGCAGACGAGGAAAAUGGAAAAUGUAUGAGUAUGGGCCUUCAUUGACACAAUGCCUGAGACUAAUUCGAAAUAUAGGUCAACAUUGGUACGAUCGACCACGGCCAAGACCUCAACCAGAGCCAUUUUAUAAAAUUGGCAAUCACAAGGCAUUUUUUCUCAAGACAUUCCCCAAUCUCCCUGCUUGGGUGCAUGCUGCUGUGAGGUCAAAUGAAGAAUUUAAAAACUAUCCAGAACUCAAGAACUUUUUCAAUUAAAGCAAACCACAUCAAUAAACAGUUUCAUGAUCAACUAGAUCACGCAAAUCUGCUUUCCAUAUUUUAAUGAAUAUACAGAUCAUAUUAAAUUAGCACAAUAUUUCAUGUUAUAUACCAGUACCUGUGGCAUAGCACAGGAAUGGCUUUUCUUAUGUGUUUGGGUGGGGGUGGGUGGGUGCUGACCCUUUAUAGCCUUUUGCUAGAAGGAGACAAGAGAAGUACCAAUUUCUUACAAACUGUUUAUUUACUAACCUGACUUGUAUGUAAUGGAGCAUACUCUCACAUACCUCAAUAAUUGGUAUGAAAGUGGCAGAGUCAAUACUACAAAAAGGACCCAGAAAAAUUUGAUCCAAAAUAGAUCACCAACCCCCUCCCUCCCCUUUUAAAAUUUGUCAAAAAGUGUAAGUUUCAGGUUUUAUAUUGCAGGACUAUGUUAUUUUUGCUUUAUCUUGUUCAGUCAUUCAAAUCUGCAAACUAUCCAAAAAAAUCAAAUUUUUUACCUCGCUCUUUACUGAAUGAAAUAUAUGAUUCCACAACUAGGUGUUUUUAAGAUAAAUUGAUCUUCUGCCUGUACUUUCUUUCCAUUGUACAAAUCUCUUUUUAAUGAUACUGUAGCAUCUUGCAUUUUUCUUUUCGGUUUAACAUCACCUGACUUGAAAUUAACCUAAGCCAGAAAGUGUAUGAUUUGAAAGAAAUUGUUUAAGAAAAAACCUGCGUAUGCAAUGAAUAACCUAUCCUGUACUCUGGGAAUUUCAAGAUCCGAGACAUGUACACUUUACUUGGGCAGCCAAGUUUUUGGUAGUUUGAACAUGUUUACGCCUUCUACGGGAUGUGUGGUCAUGGUGCUGAAUGAUAAUAGGUUUAUUAUGUAAUAAAUGUUCGUAAAAAUAAACACUGGUAUGAAUGAUGAUAUACAACCUCUUUUUCAUCUCUUUCCUUUGCCCUUUUAGUUUUUAUAUCUACAUCAACAUCAUUUGCCUGAUGACAUUGAGAGUUUAUUGUUCUAACACAAAUGAAUGGAAUGCCAUCAAAAAUGAAAUUCCACCUUUCUUGCUUUGGGUCUACUGCAGCCUGGUACAUGGAUUUUUACAUUGUAAAAUUUCAUCAACUGUCUUGCGUUAAAAACAUCAAUUAAAAACUUUAUAUAAAAUGUAAAUUUAUACUUUAUAUUGUGAGGUUGUUUAAGGUUAGGGGAUUAAAUAGAGAUGACAUUAAUACUUUA